CUGUGUGCCAAAAGACACCUCAGCCAGAGCUAUAGAACGCCAUGGCGAUGGAAAUUCCUGUGCAGUUUAUUAGCGGCAAAGUGAUUGUGUUGAAAGUGAUGCCAUACGAGACCAUUGGGAAGUUCAAGCAGUCCCUCAAGGCGUCCUAUCCGCCUUCAGAGGAUGAAGUGAUUCGGAAGCUGAGCACGGUGCAUAUGCUCUUGGAAGGUCAGAACUUGGAGACGGAGGAUGAGACGCACAUUGGCUCCGUGGGCCUCUCUCCCAGCGCCCACGUGCAGGUGAUGUUUGCCAUCCAUCCGCCCCUGGAGUGUGCUGAGAAGCCUCGAGUGGCGGAAGCAGGUUCCACAUCGUCUGAAAAGACGACGUCCAAGGAUGAAGUACUUGAUGUGAAAAUCCCGGAGACGUGCAGGAGCAUUGCGCCUCGAGCUUUUCAAGGCUGCAAAUCUUUAGUACGUGUGAGCAUCCCAAACUCCGUGACGGAGAUCCGAAGCUGUGCUUUUGCAGCUUGCAGUUCUUUGAUCCGCUUGAACAUCCCGGAGUCCGUCACUGAAAUCCAAUCGCAAGCCUUCAGAGAUUGUAUGGCUUUGACAUCUGUGAGCCUUCCAGAUUCGGUGACGCUGAUUGGAGCCAGCGCAUUUGAGGACUGCAAGUCCUUGUCCAGCAUCGUCAUCCCAAAUGGCCUCAGACGCAUUGAAACCAGUGCCUUUGCUGGUUGCGGCUCCUUGAGUUACUUGGAGAUCCCCAGGUCCGUGACUCUCAUCGAGAGCUUUGCCUUUGCACGCUGCAGCUCUUUGUCAAGCGUGCGGAUCCCCAACUCCGUCACCCGGAUCGAGAACUACGCCUUCGCGGGCUGCAGCUCCCUCGCGAGCGUGCGAAUUCCCAGCUCAGUCACGCAGAUCGGACCACGCGCCUUUGCGGGCUGCACUCGCCUUAGAGAGGUCGACUUGCCCAAGACCUUGGGAGGCUGUGUCAAGCACGUCUUCGAAGGCUGCAGUUCUUUGCCACGAACGCCCAGCGGAUCCUUGAGCCCUCCACGGAGCGCCCUGAGCGACGCCAGCGUGUAAGGUGGUCCGGUCAGCUGGCGUCGGCGCAAGUGAGGCGAUCGGAGGAGGUUGCGAUACUCGUCGUGUUGGUUGAUGAUCGAAUUGAUCAGAGUUUGCAACAUGUUUGACUCUUGAUGAAUAAAAGCUCCCCCCG